ACUACCAAUCAAUCACUGCCAAUCUCAAAAUUCAUUACUGCUAUCUCUUUCUAGUGAAAACCAUCCCUCCCCUGCGGUGUGAGAUUAUGGACUGUUACUGCUGCUAUACUCAAGCUAGGCCAUCAUCUUCCACAACACCAAUUCUCAACUUCCAGAGUGUCUCUGCAGUUAAUAGAAACUUUUCUCUGAAAAAUCUGCAUCCAAGAGUGCUGCCGUCUCCUGGAUCUUGUCGACAAUUUGGUCGACUCAGUGACCAAUUUCGGCCUUUCAUUUACCAAAGAAACUCAGAAUUACCCUCUUUAAGAACAUACAGGGGUCAAAUUUCCUCAGAAGCUGGAAGGCAAGGCUGGGACUUUGGCCGAUUUCUAAAGACAUUCUACUUCUUUAACGGGCCUCCUUCUCCUGCAAAGUUCUUUGAAUUUCUGAUUGAGAAACUGUCCAAUCCAUCACCUAGCAAAACAGAAAACAGAAUGGACCCUUCAGGUGUAAUCCUUGUGGCUGGAGCAACAGGUGGUGUUGGGAGAAGAGUAUAUGACAUUUUGCGUAGUAAAGGAUAUACCGUUAAAGUGCUGGUCAGAAAUGAAGAUAAAGCAAGAAGAAUGUUAGGUCCAGAUGUUGACAUGAUAGUUGGAGAUAUCACGAAGGCCAGCACUUUGGUUCGUGAAUAUUUUAAAGGAGUUAGAAAGGUUAUAAAUGCUGUUUCAGUUAUUGUGGGCCCAAAGGAAGGGGAUACUCCUGACAGGGCCAAGUACAGUCAGGGAAUCAAGUUUUUUGAACCCGAGAUUAAAGGUGCAUCACCUGAAAUGGUGGAGUAUAUUGGGAUGAAGAAUUUGAUCAAUGCUGUAAAAGAAAGUGUAGGAAUUCAUCGUGGAAAGCUAGUUUUUGGGUUUGAAGAAAAUUUAACUAGAGAACUCGCUUGGGGCGCUUUGGAUGAUGUUGUGAUGGGAGGAGUGAGUGAAAGCUCAUUUGUAAUAGAUCCAACUGGUGGUGAAAAAGGUGGACCAACUGGAGUUUUCAGAGGAGUUGUUUCCACUGCAAACAAUGGAGGUUUUACAAGUAUCAGGACAAAGAACUUUCCAGUUCCAGAAGAUCUUUCUGCAUAUGAUGGUCUAGAGCUACGACUAAAAGGUGAUGGACGCUGUUAUAAAUUAAUUGUUCGCACUAGCCAUGAUUGGGACACUGUGGGUUACACAUUGAGCUUUGAUACAAUAGAGGGGCAAUGGCAAUCGAUUCAAUUACCUUUCUCUUCUCUGAGGCCUGUAUUUCGAGCACGUACAGUGUCAGAUGCUCCACCUUUUGAUGCCCGCCAAAUUGCAUCAUUGCAGCUCAUGUUCAGUAAGUUCGAGUAUGAUGGUAAAUUAAACCCCACAUUCAAAGAAGGUCCAUUUCAACUUCCAGUAUCAAGCAUAAAAACAUUUAUGAAGGAACCAGUUACUCCAAGGUUUGUCCAUGUGAGUUCUGCUGGGGUUACGAGGCCUGAAAGACCUGGACUCGAUUUAAGCAAGCAACCUCCUGCUGUGCGUUUAAACAAGGAAUUGGGAUUUAUUCUGACAUUCAAGUUGAAGGGAGAGGAUUUAAUACGGGAAAGUGGGAUACCUCAUACAAUUGUUAGGCCUUGUGCAUUAACUGAGGAGCCUGCCGGAGCUGAUCUCAUAUUUGAUCAAGGGGACAAUAUCACGGGAAAAAUAUCUAGGGAAGAGAUUGCCCGAAUAUGUAUUGCUGCUCUGGAGAGCCCAUAUGCAUGUGACAAGACGUUUGAGGUUAAAAGCGUCAUUCCCUUUAGUGAGCCAUAUACAGUGGAUCCUGCUAAUCCUCCCCCUGAGAAAGACUAUAAUCAGUACUUCAAGAGUCUGAAAGAUGGCAUUACAGGAAAAGAGAGCUUAGAGAAAUCUCCUGCUGCGGUAUGAACCUCAAGCAUGGCAUGCUGGACUGCAUUUCAUGUAAUAAUAGAUGUAUUAAAGAUUAGGUGGUCAUCACUUCAUUACAAACUUUGCAUUUUGGACAUUUCCAUAUUUCCCUUGAAGGUGAUACUAUAUGUUCCUUUAGUUGUGUAUUCAGUGGAAGUCAGUGGGCUGUAUGUACGAAAUAGAAGUAUUCUCAGUAGGCUCUAGGAGUCGAAGAAAUGUAUGUACUCAUGUAUAUUUCUGUAGAAAACGAGAUGGACAAUUUUGUUUGUUAAGAAAGGGACGGUAACCUAUACGAAAUACAAGUAUUCUCAGUAGCUUUCAUGAGUCUUAACUU